AUGAAUGGAACGUCCGUGCCGUGUGGAAGGGCGGUCCACUGCUGCCCGCCUACGUCUACUGCCCGGAUAGACCUGCCAGGACUGGACCUGACUUGCCAGGGCAGAAGCCAGUGGUGUAGCGCGGGAUGGCCGGGGUGGCCGGUAGCCCGCCGAGCCCGCGUGGAGAAACCUACAAAACCUGUCGACAAAAAUAAGAACUGCGGUUGCAUCCUGUGCUGCCAGUGCGCCGAGAGCGCUGCAGCCCAGCAACCAUUGAUGCGCCUGCCAGGGAGCACCGCGAUAUAUCAACCAGUGAACAUGUCCAAGUCUGAGAACAUGGAAGGACAGCCGGCUGCAGCAUGCAGUGAGAGGCAGGCUCAGCAGGAAGUCGCCGAGGAGGAAAGGCAUCGCGAUGGCAGCACCCAGCCUUUCAUAUUGGUUCCAUUCCCCUUGAAGAAUCGACGUGAGCAACUGUCCGGAUACGCUUAUAUAAUACAGUGUUGCCUAUGUGUGUAUGGCAUUUGA